GAAAGUGUGAUAGCGUGCCAUUCUGACUAUGCCAUGCAGCGAGCGGGUGCACAGCGCGAUCAAUACUUAUCCCGUGUCCUCCAAAGUCCCCUCCGUCUUUCCUUUCUUUCUUUGCAGGCCAGGCUUUCAUUUGAUCCCGUGCAAGUCCGACUGGAAAGGAGGAUUUGAAGGUGUGGUGUGGUAGUAUAUGCGACUGUAAACUACCCCGUCCUCUGUCCCAUCAUUCACUCAUUCAUUCAUUCAUUCAUUUUCAUCGUCUUCAACUAGAUUGAUGAAUUGCGACGAAUACAAGUAUGUGAACACGUGUCGCUCAUCCCUCUUUACAGCUUCCUCAUCUUCUGGCGCUCGCUCGCAUUUUCAUCAGACGGAUGACAGGGAACCUUUCCUCUCUGCUGCUCGGACAGACUUACACUCGCACAACUGGCACCGAAGCUUCAUUCGGACAGAGAUAACAGCAAAACACAGUCAAAACAUCCCUUGGUCUUAUACCGAACACCGUGACCGAAGCGCGACUGGCACCCGAAUGCGAACAAGCUGAAUCAAACACUUCUGCCACAAAGUUUUGGGAUAACUUUAUCCAGAAAGGGGGCGCCACAAUCAAGUAACAACAGAGCCGCCUCCACCCCCUCGAAAAAGAAACAAAAGGGAUCAAGAUAAAAAAGAAAGAAAAAAAAAAAAAGGAAAAAGGAAACUAAAAUCGCACGGUUAAUACAAGAGCAGAGCAGAGCAGAGCAGAGCCGCUUCAUAAGGCGCAAGCGCAAAACGCAAUGAGCAGCCCCCGAUCCUCCAGCAAAGGAGGUAGUACCCAAGGACGACCUCUCCCACUCCAAGGACAAGGACAAGGACAAGGACACUGGCAAGAAUUCAGAGACACAACAAUGGACGACGACGACGGCCACGAUCAUGACCAGGACCAGGCCACCAUCCACAGCAGUCGUUAUUCUCAUCAUACCACUUCGCACCGCGACAGCCACGACGAUUAUCAAGCUCGGCUAUCAUAUCCGCACACCAAACUUCCUGAAACCACCACGACCACCACCACCAAUCUCAGCAGUAGUAGAACGGGGAGUAGUGGAAAUGCUCACGGCAGCAGCAGCAGCAAAGACAUGGCAGAUAAACGGAGUGAUAUCGUCGAAAUGAAGGAGAGUCCGAGUAACAACAACAACAUCCACAACACCAACACCACAACGACGACGACGACAACGAUGAUUGGCGAUGAGAAACGGCGAUGGGUGGGUACCACACGGAGUGAAGUAACGCACGGAUCCUCUGGCGGCAGCAGCGGCGACUCGGAAAAGAAAAUCGGCGGCGGCAGCAGUGGCAAUAGUGGAUCAUGGUCAGCAUCCAUCACCGACUCCGGAUCGGGAUCGGAGGUCUCCACCACGCUCGGCGCCGGAACGGCGAUCAGCAUUACGGAGGGGACAGUCGUUAACAGUGCCGGGGAGAUGGCCGGCGGUGGCGGUGGCGGCGUCGGACUUGGAAUUGACGGAGCGGGUGACCAUGACGAAAAUGAACAAAGAGUGGAAAGAGACUGUGAGGGAAGACCGGUCGUAUACAACAUAAAGGUCUAUAAGAGGAGGUGGUUCGGGUUGGUGCAGUUGACCUUGUUGAAUAUCAUUGUUAGCUGGGAUUGGCUCACCUUCUCCCCCGUCGCCUCCCAGGCCGCCGCCUACUUUCGCACCACCGGAACGACCAUCAACUGGCUCAGCACCGCCUUCCUCUUCGCCUUCGCCUUUAUCACGCCCCUGGUCAUCUAUGUCCUGCACCUCGGCCCCAAGUUAUCCAUCACCACUGCCGCUGCCCUUCUGCUCAUCGGCAACUGGGUCCGCUACGGGGGCUCCCACUCUUCCUCUCCUUCAGGUGGCCACUUCGGCAUCGUUAUGUUCGGCCAGAUCCUCAUCGGGCUCGCCCAACCCUUUGUCCUAGCCGCUCCCGCCCGCUACUCGGAUCUAUGGUUCACCAACCGCGGCCGCGUCGCCGCCACCGCCUUGACUUCCCUCGCCAACCCGUUUGGCGCCGCGCUCGGCCAGCUCAUCGUGCCAUUCUGGGUCGACAAGCCAUCCGACAUAUCGAAAAUGGUUCUCUACGUCUCCAUCAUCUCCUCCAUCUGCUCCGUUCCCGCCUUCUUCAUCCCCUCCCGGCCUCCCACGCCCGCUGCCCCGUCUUCCGCCACGCCCAAAUUACCUCUCCGCACUUCGGCCGCGAUCCUCCUAGGCCACGCCGAAUUCUGGCUCCUUUUUGUCCCCUUUGCCGUUUAUGUGGGGACCUUCAACUCCAUCUCCUCGCUGCUCAACCAAAUCAUGGAACCCCAUGGCUAUACCGACGAAGAAGCCGGCAUCGCGGGGGCCGUGCUCAUCGUUGUUGGGCUGCUUGUGUCGGCCAUCACUUCGCCCAUCAUCGACAGGACGAAAGCGUUUUUGACUACAAUCCGUGUUGCCGUCCCGCUUAUUGGCAUCUGCUACCUUAUUUUUCUUUGGAUGCCGUCCACCCACGACUCUGCCGGCCUCGCUGGGCCUUAUAUCAUUUUGGCCAUUCUGGGCGCGGCGAGUUUCAGUCUGGUGCCGGUGGUGGUGGAGUUCCUGGUGGAGGUGACGCAUCCGAUUAGUCCCGAGGUGACGAGCACGUUGGCGUGGAGCGGGGGGCAGGUAUUGGGCGGGGUAUUCAUAAUUAUUUCGGGGGCCUUGAAGGAGGAGAAGGGAAAAGAGGGGAGGCCGGAUGGGAAUAUGUAUUGGGCAUUGGUGUUUCAUGCUGUGGUGGCUAUGGUGACGGUUCCGGUGCCGCUUUGUUUGGGGUUGUUUGGACGGCGGGACAAGGUUAGUUUGAGGAGGGUGAGGUCGGACGAUGGUAGGGGGGAUGGGACGGUGGAGGGGACGGCGUGAAUUUCAUCUGUUCCUUGCUGAGGGUCGGGGUACGCAAUGGCGUUAUGUUAUUUAUGAUGGAUGAUGGAUGACGGUGUAUGUGUUAUGGCUUGUUUUAUAUGUACGUGGAUGCACAUUGUCGUUUAUACCCCCUGUGACGGGUUUUGGGUACACUUAUUAGGAUCAUUAUUUUGUAUAUAUAGGUCUCUCCCAGCUCUGCUCGUCUCAAAGCAGUGCAGGCAGGAAUAUCAUUUACUUUUAACCACCCAA